AUGCCAAGAAAACGUGAUGUAGCUGCAAUGGAAGAGGUUGGCAUAGAGAUAGAUGGAGAUGUGAGUGACAGUGAUGACGAUGUGGCUAAAAGAAAAGGGAACAGGCGUCAGGCAGCCGGAAGAGGGGGUGCAAGGGCAAGGGGCAGAGGAAAACCACCAGCUAGUGAGGACGAAGAUGAUGAGGAUGAGGACAAAGCUCCUAGGGGCCGCAGGGGGGCGAACAAAAGGCAGCCCGCCAAGAAACGUGGCGGUGGUGAUGACGAUGAGGACGAGAGUGAGGACGAAGCUCCCAAAAGAAAACGAGGAGGAGCGGCCAACAAGAAGAAGGGAGGUAAAGCCCAGGACAGCGAUGAGGAGAACAGCGACGUAGGAAAAGGGAAGAAUGGAAAGAAGGGAGGUGGAAAGAAGGGAGGGAAGGAGGAGCCGGACACAAAGGGCAAAAAGGGUGACACCAAAGGAAAGGACAAGGGGAAAGACAACGACAAGAAGAAAAAGAAGAAGGGUGACAGUUCCUCUGACUCCAACUCAGAUUCAGAUGAGGAGGAGGAAUCCAUGUCGGAGGGCGAGAUGGCCCAGUUGAUGGAGCAGGUGGAGGAGAAGAAGAAGCUGAUCGCCACCAUCAGGAACAAGCCGUGGAGGAUGAAACGGAGGCUCACGCUUCUCAAAGAGGCUCAAGAGUUUGUGGAUAAAUUUGAAGGAGCUUUGGGAAAAGGCAAAGGCAGGAAGUGGUACGCCUACAAAGUGAUGAUGACGAAGAAAUGGAUCAAGUUUCAAAGGGAUUUUGAGAACUUUAAAACAGCCUGUAUUCCCUGGGAGAGCAGGAUCAAAGAGGUGGAAAGUCACUUCGGCUCAUCUGUGGCGUCUUACUUCAUCUUCCUGCGCUGGAUGUAUGGCAUGAACCUGGUUCUGUUUGGGUUUACAUUUGGACUGGUGGUCAUCCCCGAGGUUCUGAUGGGCCUUCCCUAUGGCUCUAUCCCCAGGAAAACUGUACCCAGACCAGAGCAGGCAAACGCCAUGGACUACUCAGUCCUCAUGGAUUUCAAUGGAUACUGCAAAUAUUCUGUCCUGUUCUAUGGCUAUUACAACGACCAGAGGACCAUCGGCCUGCUGAAGUUCAGGCUGCCUCUAUCAUACCUCAUGGUCGGCAUCGGCACCUUUGGUUACAGUCUGAUGGUCGUGAUCCGCACAAUGGCUAAGAAUGCUGAUGUUGGUGGCGGAGACGGGGAUGAGGGAGAGUUCACCUUCGCCUGGAAGAUGUUCACCAGCUGGGAUUAUCUCAUUGGUAAUGCAGAGACUGCGGACAACAAGUAUGCUUCCAUCACGACCAGCUUCAAGGAGUCCAUUGUAGAUGAGCAGGAGAACCAGAAGGAUGAGAACAUUCACCUGCGGCGCUUCCUGCGGGUCCUGGCUAACUUCCUGAUCACCUGCAGCCUUGGGGGCAGUGGAUACCUCAUCUACUUCGUGGUGAAGCGCUCUCAGGAGUUUGCCAACAGGGACGACCUCAGCUGGUAUGAGAAGAAUGAGUUGGAGAUCAUCAUGUCUCUGCUGGGUCUGGUGUGUCCUCCUCUGUUUGAGACCAUCGCCGAGUUGGAGGAUUACCAUCCUAGAAUUGCGCUGAAGUGGCAGCUGGGACGCAUCUUUGCCCUGUUCCUGGGAAACCUGUACACGUUUUUGUUUGCCCUAUUCGACGAGGUCAACAGCAAGCUGGAAGAAGAGGAGUCUAUUAAAAACGCCUCCAUGUGGGCUUUAAAGGAGUACUACGCCAACUACUCACGCAUGCUCAACGACUCUGAGGCUACCCCGCCCCCCAUGGACCCCUCUGAUGUCAUCAGAGGACCUUGCUGGGAAACUGCAGUGGGAAUAGAGUUUGUAAAGCUGACUGUGUCAGACAUCCAGGUGUCUUAUCUGACUAUUCUCAUCGGAGACUUUGCCAGGGCUGUGAUUGUCCGGUUUCUCAACUACUGCUGGUGCUGGGACUUGGAGGCUGGAUUUCCGUCAUAUGGAGAAUUUGACAUCAGCGGUAACGUGCUUGGCUUGGUCUUCAAUCAAGGGAUGAUCUGGAUGGGAGCAUUUUAUGCGCCUGGGCUGGUCGGCAUCAACGUGCUUCGCCUUCUCAGCUCCAUGUACUAUCAGUGUUGGGCUGUGAUGGCGACCAAUGUCCCCCACGAGAGAGUUUUCAAGGCCUCCAAGUCCAAUAACUUCUACAUGGGCCUGCUGCUCCUCAUUCUCUUCCUGAGUCUGCUGCCGGUUGUGUACACCAUCAUGACCCUGCCUCCUUCCUUUGACUGUGGACCCUUCAGCGGGAAGGCAAAGAUGUUUGAUGUGAUCAUGGAGACGAUUGACCUGGACCUGCCAGCAUUUAUGGGCACACUCUUCAGCUAUGCAGCCAACCCAGGCCUCAUUAUACCAGCUGUUCUGCUCAUGGUGUUGGCCAUCUACUAUCUGAACUCAGUAUCUGAGGCAUACAAGAAUUCCAACAUGGAACUUAAGAAGAAGAUGCAGAUGGCUCGGGAUGAAGAGAAAAACCGAAGGAACAAUGCAAAUAGUACCAACCAGGUCAUGCAAGACCUUGAGGAUCUGCUGCCAAACAAAUCCCUCAUCCCCGCCGCUCCUCCACCAGAACCUGAAAAAAGACCAGAGCAGGAGACAAAGGCAGCCAAGGUGAAACCAGGGUCAGCUGGUAAAGGCGUUAACCUGGAGAGGGAUGUGUCAUUGGCAUCGUCCAAUCCUAACGCUCGCGGACCUGUGAACCGUCCCCCGGGGCCAAGAGGACCUGGACCGGGUCCAGGUCGAGGCCGUGGGAGAGGUCCCCCUUCUAGAUGACAUUGUUGCUGGAUUAUUUUCACCACUGAAACAUAAACAGCAUUUAAAUCAAAAUCAAGCUAUGCACUAUUAAGAAUGAAGUGACGUACAUCUUUAGCUUUUCAAAUAGGUGAUUCAACAGGAGAAAACUGACCAGACCAGGAGUGGCCAACCCUGGUCCUUGAGAGCUACAGUCCUACUGGUUUUCCAACUCUCCCUGCUGAUUACCUUGAUCAGGUGUGUUAGUCAGCUGAUUGGCUGAACACACCUGGUCAAUGUAAUCACUCAGUAUUAGCUGGGGCAGGGAGAGUUGGAUUCUCGAGGACCAGGGUUGGACACCCCUGGACUAGAACUUCGUUAAUACCCACCUACUUAGCCACAGCUAACCUGCCAAACCUCAUAUCACAGCUUUACCACCCAUAUAAACUGUUCUACAAUACCUAGCUGUUCUGACUGUGGCUGACUCACUGACAUGACACACUGCCAGUUAAAGGCACGAGGAGAUUGUUUUAAAAGUAAUGUCAACAUUAAAAUGUCAGAUAAGCAACAUUUUAAUGCUGUUAAACAAAAAUUGCCUACUGUAUUUAUGGAACCUGCCUGUUUGUUUCCUCUAUUAUCUAUACUUCUGAAUGUAGAAAAGAAAGUAAAAGCCUUUGUUCUAAACACAUCUUGACAAGAUUUCACUCAUUUUUAAAUCUUUCUGCAGCUCCAAACAUUCAGUAACCUGAUGUCCCUUAGGGAAAUGUAUAAAUCCUCA